CACCUCCUCGCUCGCCCAGGAUGUUUGCUGCUGCCCGCCAGACCUCGUCGCUUGCCAAGCGCGCCUUCUCAACCUCGUCGGUCAACAACACGCGCGUCGCUGUCCUCGGUGCCGCAGGCGGUAUCGGCCAGCCGCUGUCGCUCCUCCUCAAGCUCAACCCGCUCGUGUCGCACCUGUCGCUGUACGACAUCCGCCUCGCGGCCGGUGUCGCCGCCGACGUCGACCACUGCAACACCCCGUCCAAGUGCGUCGGCUACGGCCCGGAGGACGGCGGCCUCGAGAAGUCGCUCGAGAAUGCCGAAAUCAUCCUCAUCCCCGCCGGCAUGCCUCGCAAGCCCGGCAUGACCCGUGACGACCUCUUCAACGCCAACGCGUCGAUCGUCCGUGACCUCGCCAAGGCUGCCGCCAAGGUGGCGCCCAAGGCGCGCAUCGGUGUCAUCGCCAACCCGGUCAACUCGACCGUGCCGAUCGUCGCCGAGGUGUUCAAGGCGGCGGGCGUGUACGACCCCAAGCGCCUCUUUGGCGUCACGACGCUCGACAUUGUCCGCGCGUCGGCCUUCCUGUCGGGCAUCGCCGGCACCAAGCCGGCCGAGACCAACGUGCCCGUCGUCGGCGGCCACUCUGGCCCGACCAUUGUCCCGCUCCUGAGCCAGCUCCCGGAGGGCAAGAAGGUCGUCGAGCAGGGCGGCGAGCAGCUCGCGGCGCUCGUCAAGCGCAUCCAGUUUGGCGGCGACGAGGUCGUCAAGGCCAAGGACGGCGCUGGAUCGGCCACCCUCUCGAUGGCGUACGCCGGUGCCGACUGGGCCGACUCGCUCCUGCGCGCCAUGAACGGCGAGCAGGUCGAGAUCUGCACCUACGUCGAGUCGCCGCUGUACGCCGACAAGGGCGUCUCGUUCUUCUCGUCGCCCGUCCAGAUCUCGUCCGAGGGCACGGUCGGCGAGAUCAAGCCCGUCGGCCAGCUGCACCCGUCGGAGCAGAAGCUCCUCGACGCGUGCCUCCCGGACCUCAAGAAAAAUAUCGAGGCCGGUGUCAACUUCAUGAAGCAGUAGAGCCGUCCUGGAGCGCUCUCCUGCCUCUCUCUCACUCUCCUACGUAGCCUGUGCACGGUUGGGAAAAAGGCCCUUUGCAGUGCGUCGUCGUCGU